CUUGAUGACAUAUUGAAGUUACGACAACGUCAAGUCAAGAGAGAAGAAAUAAAUAAGUGCUGCGAUUGGAGAGUAUAUGCCGAAAUAUUAUCAAGUAAUUUGAAUCAGAAAAAAAAUCUCAACAAUGAAUUCAUUUUUAAUUGUAUUUAGUGUAAUUGUUUUAGCAAAUGCAAAACCAACUGAUUACAAUGAACCACAAUAUGACGAUAUAAGCACAAGUGUUAGUGGCGAAAGCGAUGAAAAUUCCAGUUUAAUUGCAACCAAUCCAUCUGGAGUGUUUACAAAAUAUCCGGAUGAUCCAUUCGAUAGUUAUUCGGUACCAAUUGUAUACGAUUCACCGCCAGAGGAGACGCGCAUUCGACGUGAAACGGAUUUGAACGCAACCGAUACAUCGAUAGAUGUGUUGAGUAAACAAACCGACCAAAUUGAAGACGUAAAACGACCUGAACGAAAAACUGAAGAGCAAACCAAAGUGCCAUUACGCGGUUUUAUUAGCGCAAUUGAAUCCGACCUAGUCUCGAAGGCACUCCAAGUGAAUUCACAAUUAAAUCAACGACGUCGACGAAGACGAUCAUUUGACCAUGAAGACGACAACGAAGGUGAUGAUGAUGAAGAUAGUAAAGAAAGCGUGAAUAAUAAAAGCGAUAAUAGUACUGUUCAAAGCGAUUCAUUGGAUGUCAAUAAGAAUUUCUUCGAAGGAUUAUUCAAUUAUACACGCCCAGAGCGUGAAUCUGAAGAUAAAGAUGUAAAAAUUCCAUUAAACGGUUUGGUGCAGGCAGUCGAAACAACACUGGUAAAUUCAGCGCAAAAUUUAAAAGAUUCCAAGCCUUCAAAACGUGAUGUCUUCAAUUCUACCAAAGAUACAUCGAAAUCGAACACAGAUAAUUCAAAUGAAUCGCAUCAAAAUGAUGCGGAAAUAAAACAACAGCCCGACAUUAAAGUAGCAAAAAUCAAAAGUAGCGUUGAAUUAAAUUUAUUGGGACCGAUUGCAUUUAAACCAGCUCCAACAGCAACCGAAGAAUCGACACACAGUGACGAAGAAACCAUUUCAACGACAGAGAUUCCAAUUCAAAAGACAAAUUUAUCGGUCAUCAAAGAAAGCCAUUCAUUGAGUCUAGUACCUGGAGCUGAUAAGAAAGUGACUCACGUACAAACGCAACAAAUUUUACAAACGGUGUUUUCAUCGAAUUUGGCCAUUUUUCCAACAAUUCCACCAGAAUCGAUAAACGCACCAUUGCCAACACAUAUUCCAACAACCGAAGAACCAGAUCAAACAACAAUCACACCAAAAGUGCCCACCAACACGAAAACCGAACAAGAAUUGAAGCAUGAACAACUAAUGCAGAAAGCCCAACAACUCAAAGAGAAAUUCGCCGAAAUUCAAGCCGAACCAGUGAUUUUGAGCCAUUUUUAAAAUUUCACACAAACAUUCAACGAUUGCAAUAGAAAAUUUCGAUAGAAAAUUGUAUCGCAAAAAAUUGUAUUCCAUUUAACAAUAAUUGUAUUUGAGAAUUACUCUCGUUUAAUAGCGGUUAAUAUUUAACAUUUACUUUUUUUAUUGCCUAUAUGUAUGCUCAAAUGUCUAUUUUGUAUCUAUUAUCGCUUGAAAUGAUCUCACUUUGAUCAUUUCGUGUCAAU